GUGCAUGAAGGGGAGGGAGACAGCCAUGUGGGCACAGUGAGAUUUGGGGGGUGGGGAGGGUGAAAGGAGGUGGAGAGAACGAGGUUUGGCAUACUUAAGACAAAGAGCAGGCAAACUGCAAGUGGAGUGGAAAUGAGCAGCUGAAGAAAAAUUUCUGUUUGCUUCAACUCCAACACAAGAAGAGUGAGAACUUGGCGUUGCAUGUUGGAGGAAAAAAAAAGGUGCGACCCUAUCAGUUUCACUGACAACUCUGGAUAGUGGCAAGAAGAAGCAGCAGGAGAGCAGAGCUGCAGGAAUUCAGCAUACCAGCACUCAAUAGAUAACACUCCAAACAGAGGGAAAGCUCUUUUAACGUCACACAACAAAGAAGGAGAAAAGCAAGUCCAUUUUUUGACAAGUCCAGAGCUGAAAGGACAGAGUACCAGGGCUUUGUAAAGUGUGAAGGGACAACGUGUGUGUGGAGGACUGCCUGGACAACAGUGGUCUCAAGAAAAGUAAAAUAAAAAGGCAGGAAUCUGGAGGAGGAACAGCAAGAGGUCCACAGGGCCAUACAGCACACUCUCAACAUGAGUGGUACUCUAGAGAAGGGGGCCCACCAUCAGGCCUUGGACCUUUCUGAGGAGCAAUUGCCUCAUCUCCACCACCAUUACACCAACCACCUCCACCAUCUCCACCACUCCAACUCUGUGGCCUCCACAGCUGCAGUGGGUGGUGAGAGAGAAACACCCUCCCGUGUGGUCGUACCUCCUCCAUAUUCGGCUGCAGAAGGCGGCGAUGAAGCUCCGCUGGAGCUCAGAGGCUCGCUGGACUGCUGGGCCUGCUCUGUGCUGGUGACGGCUCAGAACCUGGUGAUUGCUGCCAUUAAUGCCUGCCUGGCUGGGUUGGUGUUUGGCAGCAUCCUGACACCAGCCAUCGUCAUGGUGGUGUUUGGCUUCCUCUGCCACUCUACAGUAAGGAAGGUUAGACCUCAGGAGACGACACCUUAUUGCGCAGAUCUGCUGACUGAUGGUGGCUGUGUGGCUCUACUGGUGGUGGGCUUCCUUUUGUUGACCCCUCUACUGGUCCUGGCAUUGGCUGCGUACUGUCGCCUGGCCCGACAUCUCCAGUUGGGCCUGUGUUUUAUCCCCUACAGUCGUGCUGUGUACAAAAACUUGCCUGCCUCACAGCACCGUGGCCUUGGCGCUGGCUGCUGUGGAGGAAGAGAAGGUGGCGAUAUCAAUGGGAAGGCAAAGGUGUGGGUGUGAGAUGGCAGGAAGGUAAAAAUAAUCAAGAUUAAAUACAAUGUAUGCAGGGAUCAGGCUGAAAGAUAAGGUGGAGAUAAUCAAAAUUACACCAGCAUGCCUGGUAAGUUAGGGAAUGUCAUAUAUAGCUUAGUAAAUACCCAGUAAAUCUAUAGUUUUAAGUAAUAUUUACAGACCAACUAGAAUUAGAAUUUGAGUGGUUUAAAGUCAAGAGUUAAAAAAGGCAAUUUUCUUUCUUCAAAUAAAAAAUAAUCAUGAAUAUAACAUGAUUUCUAUUAGACUAAACAAAUAGUUAAACUAAAAAAACACCUCACUGGUGAUUUUAUUAACACUAUGAAUAAUGUAUCCUUACAUUUAUUUUGUACCAAAACAAUUAUGUAGAGCUCUUUGUGUAAAACAAACUGUGAAUGAUAUUUCUUUUCUUUUUUUAAGUUUUACAAAUACAAAUCCCUUUGUAUAAUUAAUGUUUUAAACUUUUAUUUUAUUUUUUUAUUUUUUUAUUUUAUACACCGACAAGCCAACACCAUUUUGGCUUGUACAGUGUCUAUAUCCGUUAUUAUGAAGUUCGGGAUUUAAAAUUUGAUCGAUGAUUUAAUCGGGGUACUAUUCUGUUCUGGAUAUAAUAUAGUUGACUGAAUAGUGAUUUCCGCAAGAUUUUUCACCUUCCGUUUAAUUUACUUUUUUGCCACCUAGUGGAUAACCAUAACCAUUGCACUUCGCAGUAUUCUGUGGACAUUGAAUUUGUAGGAGUGUUGUUAUUUUUACAAUAUUCUAUUUAACAUGUCUUUGAAAACAGAACCUCUCUUUAACACAACAUUUAGGAUCUUUAUUUUUUUUUUAGUUUUGACCUGGAAUUUGUUCGAACCUAUGCGAGCAUGGAAAUAAUGUGCUAUCGGACCUCCGAAUCGACGAUAGAUCCCCAAUGCAGCACACGGUGAAACAGAUUACUGCAUUCAACAGUUUUAUUAACAACAAUUUGGGAAAGCAAUUCACACAGUGUUCGUGGGUGACCACAAUAUUAUUCGGGAGAUGUUUGCAAACACAUUACUAUUUACAUAAAUUGUCCAGAGAGGGAAGGCGGUUAAAGAUCAUGUUCUUGGUGGAGUAGGCUCCAGAGAGCAGAUUGGUCAUAUUUGGUUAAAAAUAAAAUAAAUAAAUAAAAGUAAAACGUAUGGCAGUUAGGUCAACAUACAAGGAUAUUAAAACAUGUAUAGCGGUUAUUUUUAUUUGAAAUAAACUAAAUGUUAAAGUUA